AUGGGCAACGCCCACCACCUGGCCGAAGCCAUGACGCCGGAGAACCCAAUGUUUUCAAUCCCAAAAUCAAGUCUCCUGGAAGUGCUAGAAGACAGUCGCACAGCAGCUGGGUCGGUCAAGCAAAAUCUCAUAAGCCAGCUCUCCAAGGCUGACAUUCCCAUUGAGGAGUUGCUGCAAGAUCUGAAGAGUUGGCACGAAUGCCUCUCGCACCAGCAUCUGCAGCAGGAACUGCGAAUUGGAACGUUCCGGGACUGGUGUGUAUCACCAGAUAUCCAAGAAAACCUUACCAGGAUCUGGCAAAAGUUGCAACACGCAGAGGCCAUGACGCAAUCACACGACAUGCUGGAACGGAGCCAUGGCUCGGAGCGUCCUUUUCUUCAGAAAGGUAUGGAGAUCAAGCUGAAGUACUCCAAGCAACAGUUGAAAGAAGUCGCAAGAUCUUGGCAGCCUCAUGAUGCAACAAAACUGCGUAGUAUCUUGAUCAACGGAGCUGGAGAAGAGCAGCUGAAGCUAGAGACUUUUGAAGAGAUAUCCCAGGGGCGGCAUUGGAUCGAGUUUGGAAUCCACAUCGGUCAUCAUGAUGUCCCAAAACGGAGGACUGACGUUAGAAAGGAUGCCAGUAUCUUGGAAUUGUAUGAUUAUGGAGACCAAGGAAAAUGUGAUGAAGAACGGCUGAAGCGGUUCCCGCGCAUGAAGACGCUUGCGAAGUUGCUGAAGGUAGAUGGUGCGUCUUCACGGUACCAUUUUUGUGCUGAACUGGUGGACCCACCAUUUGGGACAGUUCUUCUCGAUGAUGCUAAAGCUGACGAUUUCUUGGACUGGCUACAUAGAUGUGGCUUCCACAGCGUGUAUUUGUAUUUCAACUCAAAUGUCAGUGAUGUCACAUCCUACCCAGAUAUUGAAGCAUGUGGGCGCAGGCUGCUGAAGCGUCUUUCUCAGCAAGAAUACAAAAGCCUUACCUACAUCCUCGCAGUGAAUGGGGACAACCUGAGCCCCAAUGCAGAGAAGCUGAUCCGCGUAUUGCUGAGUGAGGCCCCCCCGAAGGGGAUAAAGAUGAUUCUGCUUUACAACGCAUCUCGCGGAGAAGGCAUAGAAUCUGCGUUCUACCGGCUUCCUUUGAAAGAUGCUUCGGUCGGCAGGGUGACUGGCUACGCUGGGGGUUUCUCUCCAGACAAUGUGGUUCAAAAGCUGCGGGACAUGAGGUGGGUCAUGCCAGAAGGUAGGAACUUCUUCGUCGAGACUUUUCGUGGAGUCCGUUUCGAUGGCGAGCUCAACGUGAAGCGCUGCCAGGAGUUUGUGGACAAUGUUGCCGGAAGCGAGUUUAACCCUGCUGCCGGGAAAGAAGUAUAUCCGCAGCACGAUGGAAGCUUGGCCAUUGGUAGCCGUGAGACACAGUUGUUUUGGCCAGACACAGUGUACCGUGUCAAGAGCAUCGACAAAACACGGUUUGAAGUUGAGACGGAAGGCGAGGCCACGAAGGAAGCGAACAUCUACAUCGCCGGCUCCAUUGCCACCGAGUGGUUCGUUCUUGCACAAGACGGCGGCGGCAUCCAGGCACCUGUCGCAGAAGAAGAUCCAACACGGAUCUGGCAGGGAAAACUCUUCGAGGUUGUUUGUGCAGACAAGCUACGGGACUACUUGCAUCCUCCAUGUCAAAGUAUGUUGACAGUCGUAAGAACGCCUGCCUGGCCUGGGCCUCCGUACCAAGGGCAGACGCCAUUGGGAUAUCUGAAGAACCUCCUGCAGUCACCGGAGUGGAGAAAAGCAAGAACUAUCCCAGAGCGGGACCCCAAGGAGAUUCUUGAGAACUGGACGAAGGGGCUCAUCACCAGCAUCGAUGAUGGUUUGGGGGGUCAAGGGCAGGUGUCAGUGGCUUCUGCUGGCUUCGCUUCCAGAGCAGCGAAACAUCCUGUGCUCCGUGAACGCUAUCACGACUGCAUAGACCAGCGAGGGCUUGCAAUCGUAUCGAUCCCAGGUGCAGACCCAGAGAUGUACAACACCGUGAUCCGUAUCUGCCUGGAGGAUGGUAUGCAUUUUGCAGUUGUUUGGCUUUCAUGCUGGGGAGAUGCGUGGUUUUAUGCUUGGCUGAGAAGUGUGACUCGUGCCAUGCAGUCGGGUUGCGUUCCGAUUGUGUUGACCCUGGCCAACCAUCAAAUCGGCCGCGCGCAGUCCGCGGAAGUCAUGGCAUUGCAGUUUCCGGCUUAG